CGAAGACGGCUGCUCAUCUGGCCGCCGUUCAGUCUCUGUUUGCAAGCAAAGUCGCGUGGAUUUGCAGGCCAACUCUUCGACUCGAGGCAAAAUGGCAGAGAGUAAAGGAGCUCUGAUCGCCAAGUCGUUACAGAAACACGCAGGAAGGACCAAAGAAAAGAUCCUGCAAAACUUGGGCAAGGUAGACAGAACCGCGGACGAGAUCUUCGAUGAGCACCUCCAGAACUUCAACAAGCAGCAGGCUCAAACCUCGCGCCUUCAGAAGGAGUUCAACAACUACAUACGAUGCAUCAGAGCUGCCCAGGUAGCGAGCAAAUCGUUGUGGGACGCCGUGUCAGACGUUUACGAAACAUCAUGGCAAGGCAGAGAACUCGUUGUGCAGAACACCCAGGCGCUGGACGUCUUGUGGCAGGACUACAGUCACAAACUGGCCGACCAAGUGCUCAUCCCUCUUAACACCUACCAAGCACAGUUCCCAGAAACCAAGAAGAAAAUCGACAAGAGAGGUCGCAAGUUGGUCGACUUUGACAAGGAGAGGCACAACCUGCAGUCGCUGCAGAACUCGAGUCAGGGCAAGCAACGCAACGAGACCCGCCUGGGCAAGGCCAGAGAGUCGCUGGACGAGGCGCGCAGGACGUACGAGGUGCUCAACUCGGAGCUGCACGACGAAUUGCCCGCCCUGUACGACUCGAGGGUGCUCUUCAUCGUCACCCACCUCCAGACGCUCUUUGCCUCCGAGCACCUUUUCCACACAGAGACAGCAAAAAUUUUCACCGAGCUUGAAUCGAUCGCCGACAAACUGGCCACUGACUGCCAGCGCGGAGCUUACACCCUCAGGAAGAAUGCGACCUUCAACAGCAACACAGCUUCGCCAAAAUCACCCAUUUCCAGCAAUUCAACAAAUGGCAACGCCAGUCUUCCUGCGUCUCCUGCAUCAGAAAAGAACCUGAGUGGUGUAGUGGCGAUGAACAGCUCGUCUUUCAACGACACCACCACCACCACCCCUAACGGUAACGCUAAACAGCCCUCAUCCCUGUCCCCACCAAAUACACCCCCGUCGAGUCCCCCGACGGGCGUCGCCUCCGCCUUGGUCAACUCAUCCCCGACCGCCUCGAGUCCUCCCCCACCCCCUUUGCCCUCGACUAACAACGUGCCGGCCGCCAAUAAAAAUAGCAACAACCCCGAGGAACUGUAUGAUAUUCCAGUCGGAGCCACUACCGAAAAUCUGCCACCCGGUGUGCUUUACCGAGUAAAGGCCACAUACAAAUACAGCAGAGAGGACGUCGACGAGCUUUCUUUUGAAAUCGGAGAGAUCAUCAAAGUUGUCGAGUACGAGGACCCUGAGGAACAGGAGGAGGGUUGGCUGAUGGGUAUUAAGGAGGGCACCAACGAGAAGGGCAUGUUCCCUGCCAACUUCACCCGUCCAAUCUAAAGCAGCACCACCCUUUUUAGAAGAAGAAGCAGCAGCAGCCCAUCGAGAGAGAAAGGAGUGUAUUCGGAUAUAAUUCUGCAGCGACAUCAUCCAUUGCUCACAAAGCGUUACCUUGUUGAACCACGAGUGCCUGUUGAGAAGUAAUUAAAUAAUUCGUUAUUCCUUUGUAGCGGCGCCCUGCUUUUUUAUCAAGCAGGGCCCGGCCCUUUCUCCGCAUCCAAGGACGCCCUCGGCCGAAAUCAACGUUCGUCAAUUAAAUAUAUGAAAACCAGUCGCAUCAUCAUCAUCACAUUUCCAUCGCAUUGGCCGUGAGCGUCCUUUGAUUUGGGUGUAUCUAUAUGUUGAUUAAUCAAUAAUCCGCCCCUGUGCUUGUACAUUGUUCGUGUUAUGUUCGGAAACUGAAGGCAGCGUUUAUUUAUAAUUGAUACAACCGAAAUGAGCUAAUUGUAAAAUUUGUGGCCCAUUUGUAGAGAGAUAGCAAUUUUUAGGAGGGAUUUUUAAUUAUUUAUGCAUAUGGCCGAAAAACUGAAAAUCGAGCUCAGUGACAAUUGAACGAAAAUCAAUAUGGGACUGCCGGUUGAGAUGAAAACAAAAAAUACACGCCACCAAUUAUUGAGAAUUCCUAGUCGAGAUUGUCAGCUAUUUUGUCCGCUUCCUGCUCUUCCCUCGCCAAGUGCCACACAGUGUCUGGACCAAAAGUGCCAGAAUAGCAGCGAGUUUUCGCUAUUUUCCCCGCUUGAGAAUUAUUUAUUAAACAAAGAAACGACAAAGCAACUUUUUUGAUGGUGCAAAAUUAAUUAAUACAUAAAUGCAGAUAAUAUAUAUAUUUAAAACGUAGUCCUCGCCGAUGACAUGAUUAUAUAUUCUGUCCACGCAUUGCUGUAAAAAAAAGGAGAGGAAAGAUAUUUUUCAAAUCCUCUCGCUGAUUGAAAGCAGAAUAAUCUAUUUUUGUUGGUGGAUGGGUGGUUAAUUUGAUAUAAACAAAGACCUGCUUGAAGAAGAAGGUUGCGAUCACUGAUUAACACUCAUUAAAAAGUAACAUGAAUAAAAAUAAUUAAUGAAAAAGGCCUUGCAGAAAAGUGUAGCUGUUGAAGAGAAUUGCAAAAAUAAAUCGACUCAAAUGUGAAUCUUAGUCUGAUAUGUAAAUGAUGAUUAUCCUGCGCGCCGAGAUUGCUGGUUUGCGAGAAAAAAUGUUGAUAAAUAUAUAAUAAUUAUACUCAAAUCAAGAUGCUUACUUAGUUGAUGGAAUGUUGAAUAAUUACGUGUAAAUAAAACAAGUAAAUACAUAGCGCGGUAAAUUACUCACCGAAUCUGCAUCUCUCGGAGGAAAUUUUAAUAUGGGAUUAAUGACGAAGAGUGUGCGCUCCGCCAUAUUUUAUUUUAGCCGUUGAUAAGAAUAAAGUUUGUGACUGAAGUGAGGAUGUUUAUAGACAUAAUUGUUGUUGUGCAUGAUCGCCCCUGAGUAUAUCUCUUUUACUUUUUACCCCUGAGUAUACACAAAAACACGCUACUUCUCUUCUUAUAUACAAUGAAGAAAAAUCGUCUCUCGUGCAAUAGAAAUAAUACUUUCUUUCUGUCUCUGUUUGAAUUUUUCAUUCAAGUUAUAGCAUUUUAUUCACACUUCUUUUGUUAACGAUUUCGAUUAUUUCACUCUGUCAUUGAUAAAUUCUCAUUUGGAUCGUGCGUCAUUUUUGGAGAGGUCAUUUAUUAGUUUUUAGCCAAAAGUUCUACGACCCAAGCUAGAAUGUUAUCAGCAGCAGUCUUCCCAUUAUCUGUCUUAUUAUUUGCGCUCUCCGCUCAUUCAUGUCUCCUGUGCAUUCAAGGAUUUAAUAAAUAACUCACAAACUCUCUGA